GAAGAGUGUUCAUCGCGUAUUUGUUUUUGCAUAUAGCGAGGGAAGGAGUUCAGAUCUAGGAGAAAGGAAAGCAAUGGCGACGGCACCCGAUCACCUCUUCGUUCUGCGCAACAAUUUCUACUUGGGAGCCUUCCAGGCUGCAAUCAACAACAGCGACCUUCCGAAUCUCUCCCCGGAGGAUGCCAUCGAGCGAGACUGCCUCGUCCACCGCUCUUACAUCGCUCUUGGAAGCUAUCAGCUUGUGAUCAGCGAGAUCGAUGAGAGCGCAGCCACUCCUCUCCAGGCCGUCAAAUUGCUCGCCUUGUAUCUUUCCAGCCCUGAGAACAAGCAAUCUGUAAUUUCAAGCUUGAAAGAGUGGCUGGCUGAUUCGGCUAUAGGAAGCAAUGCCAUUCUAAGGCUGAUUGCUGGAAUCAUAUUCAUGAAUGAAGAGGACUAUAAUGAGGGUUUGAAGCACACACAUGCUGGAGGCACCAUGGAACUGCAUGCAUUGAAUGUGCAAAUAUUCAUCAAGAUGCACAGGACAGAUUUUGCUGAGAGGCAGCUGAGAGUCAUGCAACAGAUUGAUGAGGACCAUACCCUUACUCAACUCGCAAAUGCCUGGCUGAAUUUGGCAGUUGGUGGUUCAAAGAUACAAGAAGCACUACUCAUAUUUCAAGAUUUCUCUGAGAAAUAUCCCAUGACUGGUUUGAUAUUGAAUGGGAAGGCUGUUUGUUGCAUGCACAUGGGCAACUUUGAAGAAGCAGAGACAUUGCUUCUUGAAGCACUAAACAAGGCAAGUUCAUCUGAUGCAAAGGACCCAGAAACCUUAGCAAACUUGGUUGUAUGCAGUCUUCAUCUUGGCAAACCAUCUUCGCGUUAUCUCAACCAAUUGAAGAUUGCACAUCCAGAGCAUUUGCUCAUUAAGCGUGUAUCAACUGCAGAAGAUAGCUUCGAAAGAGCAGUUCAAUCAGUUGCAUGAGUUUCGAGUUGAAGAAGUGUCCUAAGAGCCAAGCCAUUCUUCUGCUUUUUGGAAAGUGUCCUUAUUUUUGGGGGGUUUUGUAACACAACGCAGACCGGAAUGUGCUUUACCAAUCGACUUAUAUUUUUGUCAUAUACCGAUGAAUGCUUGCAGUCUCGAUUAUAUGUGUUCAACAUUUGAAGGGUCAGUAGUUCUCCACAUUUCUGCAUGACUCUUUCAGUGCUUGGUUUGUAUCUCACAUUGUUAAUGUCCAUGCUCUUAGACAUGAUAAUGUCCAAAAUACCUAGUGAUUGGCAAUUUCGAGUUUUCAUGCUCAGGAACUGG